AUGUCAAUACGCACUGGAAAAGUUACGGCAAAGAAAAUUCCUGUUCGGCAACCAUCACCAGAAAUACCUACACCCGUGAAAGUUACUAAAUCGAAUAUUAUUGAUGAUAAUAUAGAAAACAAAAUACCAAUUGAUAAUAUUGAAGAAACAAAUCCUCAGUCAUUAUCUAUUGAUCCUAAUGAAAAUAAAAUUGAUAUUGAUCCAACAGCAAUUAUGUUAGCUAAUGGACAACCAUUAUUAACAAAUUUUGAAGAAAAGUAUCUAAUAGAUGUUAUUUUAAAAACAUUAAAUAAAGAUAUUGAAACAAUUCUAGAAGAAAAAAUUCAUUUUAUUCUACGAAUGAAUUAUGGCUCACAAUCAUCAUUAUUUACAUUAAAUUCCCGUUGGAUAUUUGAUUUUAUUCUUAAACAUUUUCAAACAUUAACUACUCAUAUAAAUUCUUCACAAUUAUUUGAAAAAUUUUUAAAUAAAAAUUUUGAUAAAAAUAAUUCAACAAUCGCUUUUAAACAUUGGCAAUUAAAAACACUUGUAAAUGAACAUUCAAAAAAACAGCAACAAGAACAAUCGACUGUUUCACAAAAACGUCGAAUGACUGUCCGUCGUAUUGACUUUGAUUAG